CUCUAUAUCGCAGCCAAUGGCGUCAACGGAUCAAAUAAACACUUAACCAAACAAUCAAUCAAUAAUUAGAGAAGAAAAGACAAGAGCGGCCGUUUUACUUCAAUUCUUCUGCCGGCGUCUUUGAGUGACGAUUUCUAGGCGGCUAUUGGUUUUAUCUUCCAAGUGCGGUUUAAGGCUUCAGUGCAUGCGGAGAAUGGGAGGGAGUCGGGGUUAUUCAGCGAAUCCUAGCGACUACAAGCUUCUAGAAGAGAUUGGUUAUGGCGCCAGUGCUACUGUUUAUAGAGCGAUCUAUCUUCCUUUUAACGACGUUGUAGCUAUCAAGUGUUUGGAUCUCGAUCGUUGCAACAGUAAUCUGGAUGACAUACGUAGGGAAGCUCAAACAAUGAGUUUGAUUGAUCACCCAAAUGUUAUACGGGCAUAUUGUUCGUUUGUAGUUGACCGUAACCUGUGGGUAGUCAUGCCAUUCAUGUCGGAGGGUUCUUGUUUGCACCUCAUGAAGAUAGCUUACCCUGAUGGACUUGAAGAGCCUGCCAUUGGUUCUAUUCUGAAAGAAGCGCUUAAAGCUUUAGAUUAUCUUCAUCGGCAAGGACAUAUUCAUCGAGAUGUUAAGGCUGGGAACAUACUGCUUGAUAACAAUGGCACAGUAAAGCUUGCUGACUUUGGUGUUUCAGCUUGCAUGUUUGAUGCAGGAGAUAGACAACGUUCUAGAAAUACCUUUGUUGGGACUCCUUGCUGGAUGGCACCAGAGGUCUUGCAGCCAGGAAGUGGAUAUAAUUCCAAGGCUGAUAUAUGGUCAUUUGGGAUAACAGCAUUGGAGUUGGCUCAUGGUCAUGCACCUUUUUCAAAAUAUCCACCAAUGAAGGUUCUCUUGAUGACCAUACAAAAUGCUCCCCCGGGACUUGAUUAUGAUCGUGAUAAGAAGUUCUCUAAGUCUUUUAAAGAAAUGGUUGCCAUGUGCCUGGUGAAAGAUCAAACAAAGAGGCCUACUGCAGAGAAAUUAUUAAAGCACUCCUUUUUCAAGCAUGCAAAGCCUCCUGAGCUUUCCUUGAAGAAAUUAUUUUCUGAUCUGCCACCACUUUGGAAUCGUGUGAAAGCUCUUCAGCUUAAAGAUGCUGCACAACUGGCUCUAAAGAAAAUGCCUUCAGCAGAACAAGAAGCUUUAUCACAGAGUGAGUAUCAAAGAGGAGUAAGUGCCUGGAAUUUUGAUCUUGACGAUUUGAAAGCGCAAGCAUCUUUGGUCUGUGAUGAUGAUGACAUUCAUGAGUGCAAAGAUGAUGAUGAAAGCAUGAAAUCAAGCCUUGGUCAUAAGGCUACAGCUUACUGUGAACCUAGUUUGGGAAAGUUGAGUUUAAAUAGGGAAGUAUCUCAGGCUGAAUGUAGAGGUCCAGGGAGUUUCGAGUUAUUACAAAUUGAUUGCUUGAAUGGAAAGGGAAAGAAUCUGGAAUGCGAUAUAGUUGAAGCUGGUUGCCAGGAGAUUCUCGGUUUGAAGAAAAAUGGAUCAAUCAUUGAUGUUAUGGGAUCAACUUCAGAAAAUGAUGUGGUCUUAACCAGGGCUAAUACAGUGAAACCUAGGGAAACCCAAACCGGGCCACUCACACCUGGUGUUGUUCUUAGUCAUUCAUCUGAAAGGUUUGAGAAUGAAAGUUUACUUGCAAAUGAGAGAGUUCGUCAAGUUCGUAAAGCACCAAGCUUUAGUGGUCCAUUGAUGCUUCCUAAUCGAGCAUCUGGGAACAGCUUAUCAGCUCCAAUUAAACCAUCAGGAGGGUUUAGGGAUUGUCUGGAUGAGAAGUCAAAGGCUAGUCUGGUGCAAAUUAAAGGUCGAUUUUCAGUAACAUCAGAAAAUUUAGAUCUUGUAAAGGAUAUUCCUUUAGGUACAGUUUCACGCCGAUCUUUGCAGUUUCAGACUUCACCUAUCAGAAAGUCUGCUAGCGUAGGGGAUUGGAUACUUGAAUCAAAACAAGUGGCUAUCAAUCAUGCCCCUAAGGAUUUGACCAAUGGUAGUGUGUCCACAUCGAUUCUUACAACUCACCUUCAAAAUCUUUUCCAGCGAACCUCACUGCAACAGGAUCUUAUCGUGAAUUUGUUGAAUAGCUUGCAGCCAGCUGAGGUUGUAGAUGCCUCACAAAAUGGAAAGUUGCCUGUUCUACCUCGUUCCGAGAGCAAUGGGAAUGUUGAACUUGAAACAGCAGCUUCUGAGAGGGAGCGUCUACUGCUCGGCAAGAUCUUAGAGCUACAAUCUAGAAUGAUGAAUUUGAGGGAUGAAUUGAAUGCUGAAAAGUGGAGAUAUGAAGAGUUGCAACAAGAACUAAGGCUCAUGGCUGGUGCGGAAGAGAAUGGAGAUGAUGCUGCGUGAAAAAGAAUGGGGGCGUCGUUAACAACGUUAGAAACAGAAUACGGCAGGGAGCUCUUUUAAUUACUGAAUAAGCAAAUGUUAUGCGUACAUGACGAGGAUGUUUUCUUCCAUAUUUCCAUGUAAAUAUAAUUUAUAUCCCAGAGUGCAGUGCAGAGGCAAAGCCCAUUUAUUAUUUAUUUAUUAUGGAACGUAACCUAUAAGCUUUGCCUUUCUGUAAAGAACAUCUUCUGUAUAUUAUUAUUGAAAAUUGUAUAUACAUACAUAUACGAAAGUUAUUGAAAUUUGCAAACAAACCAUUUAAGAUCUUAUUAUUUCAA